CAUUCCCUAAACGCUUCUUCCCAUAAACACGUUCAAUUUUUCUGUCAUUCUGUCUUUCUUUCUGCAACAUGCCUGAAUGUCUUUUGCUCACUGGUGCCUUCACCAACAAAAAAGAAACUCCGUGACGAGCAGCUCAACGAUUUGUUGACGGACGACAGAGGGUUUUACAGCUGGCCAACUAAACACGUCCACGAGGUUUAUCCACGCAUCUACGUCGGCGAUGCGUAUCACUUCGACAUCAGCGUUUUCUUCCAAGAGGCAGCAGACUUUAUCGAGGAAGCUCUGGCAUACAAAAACGGGAGAGGUCGAGUAUACGUGCAUUGCAGGGAAGGCUACAGUCGUUCCCCCACCUUAGUCAUGGCCUACCUGAUGCUUCGCCAGAAAAUGGACGUCCACAGCGCUCUCGCAACAGUGAGAGAGAGAAGAGAGAUCGGCCCUAACGAUGGCUUCCUUUACCAACUCUGCCGACUAAACCAGACGCUGGCCGCUGAGGGAAUGCUCUGGAACAAAUGAAGCAGAAACAAAAGCUGGCAACAAAGUACGCUUAAUCACAUUCUUGAAAUAUUGACAUAUUUUGCAGAAUAUAUAUAUAUAUAUAUUUAAAUAACAUGAAAUAUAAAUUAUGAUUUUGUAAGUACAGAAUAAUAUUUGACCUCACUUGUGUAACUCAAUUGGUUAAUGAUCGAGUUAUCCUGUAGAGGUCACAAAUGAUCCACUUUUUCCCCAUUGGACCUGUGUGAAGACAAGUAGCAGAAAAGAACAUGUUCCACUGAGAUCAUUUUGCUGCAUGUCUCAUAGUCCUCUUUCGGGUUUAUUUACAAGCGGAGCCAAAUGCUUUUGCCACCUGGAAGUACAUACACGUGACGUCAUGCUCUAAUGUCCUAUUGUGCACUAAUGAGUGUGUGCUGACAAUGUUUUGUAAACCAUUGUGUGCCUUUCAGUGAUCUUUGAGGUCUUCUGUAUGUUUGGACUAAUGGAUUAUUUGAUGGACAAUAAAGUUGAAAUGGAAUAUUACGCAGGUACGCAUCCAUAUUGAUUGGGCACCAAAUUCCUAGUGCCAUUGUGGAUUUGUAAAAUCUAUAUCGUUAAGUACGUUUGAGAAGACUCUUGCUAUUUCAUGACAGCUCCCGCAGAGGGCAUAAAUAGACCACAGUUUCCUCUCUGUGAAUCCUGCACAAGUAGCAGAAUAGAACAUGUUCCAUUCAUAUUGUCACCAUG